AUGGCAAAUCUUAAUGUUAUUGAAGCUGUUCGUUUUUAUAUUAUGCGAAUGAUUGAAGAUUGCGGUCAAAAUAUAAAAGGAUUUGUUAUGGAUAAAGAAACGGCUUCCAUUGUUAGUAUGGUUUAUGCUCAAUCUGAAAUUCUUCAAAAAGAAGUUUUUCUUUUCGAGCGCAUUGAUACAAUUGGACAAAAAUCAUUCAAACAUUUGAGUGCUAUUUGUUUUUUAAGACCUACUGAAGAAAAUAUUGAAGCAUUAGUACGUGAAUUACAUGAACCAAAAUAUGGAAGUUAUUAUAUUUAUUUUAGUAAUUUUGUUGAAAUGAACUAUAUUAAAACUUUAUCUGAAGCCGAUGAAUUUGAAUGUAUACAAGUUAUACAAGAAUUUUAUGCAGAUUAUUUAGCCAUCAAUCGACAUUUAUACUCACUUAAUAUUCCAAUGACGUAUCAAAAAAAUUAUGAAUGGAAUGAUAUCCAUCUUCGUCGAACAGUUCAAGGACUUAUUGCAUUAUUAUUUUCAUUAAGAAAGCAAAGUGCAAUAAUUCGUUAUCAAAAGUCAUCAAAUAUGGCACGAAUACUUGCUGAUAAAUUAUCCAGUACUCUGAUGCGUCAAGCUGAUUUUGCAACAUCAAAUAUUAAUGAUAUAAAUCAAACAAUUGUUUUAAUUGUUGAUCGACGUGAAGAUGCAAUAAGUCCAUUACUUAAUCAAUGGACAUAUCAAGCAAUGGUUCAUGAAUUAAUUGGUAUAAAAAAUAAUCGUGUGAGUCUUAGUCAAGUACCAGGCAUUAAAAAAGAACUUGAAGAAGUUAUAAUGAAUGCUGAAUAUGAUGAAUUUUAUACAAAUAAUCUUUAUAGUAAUUUUGGUGAAAUAGCAACAAAUAUCAAAGGAUUAAUGGAACAUUUUCAAGAGAAACAUAAAAGUCAAUCAAAACUUGAAUCCAUCACUGAUAUGAAGGCAUUUGUGGAAAGUUAUCCGCAAUUUAAAAAAUUAUCUGGUACCGUAUCAAAACAUGUAACAAUUAUCAGCGAAUUAUCACGACUCGUUGGUCUCUAUCAUUUACUUGAAGUUAGUGAAGUCGAACAAAAUCUUAUUUGUCAAAGUGAUCAUAAUGGAAUUGUUCAAAAAUUAAAAAAUUUAAUAAAAGAUGAUAAAGUUCGAAAUGAAGAUAUGCUUCGACUUCUAUGUUUAUAUGCAUUACGUUAUGAACGUCAUUCAAAUAAUGAAUUGAAUACACUUAAAAAUGAAAUACAAAAACAUCGCCGAUUUCCGGAAAAAUAUAUUCAUUUUAUUCAAGCAUUACUUGAUUAUGGUGGUCAAAAAUUUCGACAAGCCGAUUUAUUCAAUGCACAAACACCAAUGGCUAUAACACGACAAUUUAUUCGAGGCUUAAGAGGAGUUGAUAAUGUCUAUGCCCAACAUGUACCAUUAAUAAAAGAAUUACUCGAACAAUUAUUACGUAGUAAACUCAAGGACACAUUGUAUCCUAGUGUCAUCUCAAAAGAUCAAGUACCAUUAAAUAACCGCCAUACAACAAAUCAACAGAAUCAAUUACAGCAACAAGGACAACAAAUAAAACCAAGCGAAAUUAUUGUUUAUAUGAUUGGCGGUAUAACAUAUGAAGAAUCAUUUCAUAUUCAUAUGAUGAAUAAACAAAAUGCACGAAUUAUACUUGGCGGUUCUUAUGUACACAAUUUUUCAUCAUUUAUCGAUGAAGUUAUUGGUGGAGCAUCAUCAAAUUGA